GGGGUUUUAAGGUAAUAAACAAAUAUUUGAUUGGAUAGCAGUAUGCAACGCGUCCACUUGCUGCUCUAUGAUUGGACAUAAAAUACGCCAGUCAAAGAUGGGAGGAAGCUACGAAUUUUUAUUGAAUUUGAAUAAUAAUUAUUUGCUAUUGCUGAUUUUAAGUGGUUAAUAAUUAAGACUGAUAAUAAUAAAAAAUAACAAAUCCAGAGACAUUUAUUCAUGGGUAAAAAAAAAAAAAACAACAUUUAGCUGUCGUUUGGUUAUUCUGCCCCCUACCGGUUACUGGGGGUAGUUUGAGGAUUUGCCACGUUUCUGUGGACGACCGAGUUAAAGCCGAUGGUUAAAGCCUGUCACACACCCCGACAGGAUGUAGUUUACUUUUGUCUGCAGCCGACGGAGGACAGCGGGACGAGUCCAGGCAGCCUCUCCAGGACUUUCUGCCAGGUGAAGACUUGUCGAGCCCCACAGGCUGAACAUGUUGACCGACAUGAUUUUGGAGGAAGAGUUUGAGAAGAACGGGGAACCCGGCUGGUACAACCAGCAGGACCUCGAAGACGAUCUGCAUUUGGCAGCCGAGCUGGGUAAAAGCCUCCUGGAGAGAAACCAGGACCUGGAGCAGGCCCUGCAGCAGAUGUACUCCACCAACGAGGAGCAGCUGCAGGAGAUCGAGUACCUGACUAAACAGGUGGAGCUGCUGCGUCAGAUGAACGACCAACACUCCAAAGUGUACGAGCAGCUGGACAUGGCCGCCAGGGACGUGGAGCAAAGCAACCAGAGGCUAGUGCACGACAACCGCCUGGCUCAGCACAAGAUCCACAGUUUGACAGAGACAAUCGAGGGGCUUCAGACCCUGAUGGAGGAGCUGCAGACCCAGGUGGAGGAGCUGAAGACGGCGCAGGCAGAGAGAAACAAGAGGGAGCUGGCUGAGCAGCGACGCUGCCUCGGAGCUCAGAGUGUGUCCUGUCUCAAAGAGCUGUACGACCUGCAGCAGGACAGGUUCAGGUAUCCCACUCAAAGCGAUGGACUUUGGUCAACACAGAGCUUCUUCUGUGGAAGAGACAGACCUCUAGACCUGGAGGAGGAAAGCCAGGCUCUUCAGCACUCCAUCCAAACUCUUAAGAAGCAGAUAGCUGCGGAGCGAAGUCGCCGGGAGGCUGUGGAGCGGGAGAAUGAGUUCACGUCUCAGGAGAACAGGACUCUGGAGGAACGUCUAGAUCUGCUGGUGGGGUGCCGGGCCAGGCAGAUGGAGCUGGAGGAGGAAGUGGAGCAGCUGAGGGUUCUGAGGCGUUCAGAGUGUGCCAGCAGCGUUGGAAGAGCUGAACAGCUGCUGCUGCCUGAAAUGGUAUUUUUUGCCUCAGAGGAAAGGCAGAAGGAGGCGGAGGAGACGUCUGAAAAGGCUGAAGAGCAGAGCACACACGGCCGACAGAGGUGUAACAGCGAUGGCAUCUUAAAAGCAACCAACACCGACGAGAUUCGCCGAGUCCACGAGCGGCUGUGCAUCAGACGAGCAGAGGCUGUGAAACAGAGAGGAGUCUCUCUGCUCAACGAGGUGGAUGCUCAGUACAGCGCGCUGCAGGUGAAAUAUGAUGAGCUGCUGCAGCGAUGCCAGCUGACCUCAGAUGACCUCAGUCAUAAAUCCAUCCAGACCUCUGGCGGUCUGCCCGGCAGCCCCUGGGUGCGCCGCCGCCUGUCCAGCUCGGCUGCUUUUUCCGGGCUAGUGGGCGCUCCUGAAGAUGGCCAUCAGCCCGAGUACAAGCUGCUCUUCAAGGAGAUCUUCACUUGCAUCCAAAAGACCAAAGAGGACCUCAGUGAGAACCUGCAUCCCACCAGCGAUUGCUGUGGUUCUGCUGAAUGAGUGUCAGUCCGGAGCCCAGGAGUCCGUCUCAUUUGUGUCCACGAGGGCAGAAGCUCUGGGGUCGCUUGUUUAGGAAACAAGAUGCUGUGAUGUUUUCAUUCACUCUUUAUAACAGGUUACUUUCUAGGUGCUAUUUAGUAUAGAAAUUAAAACAAAUAUUUUAUAUAAAAAAUCAGAUUAUUAAUGCAGAUAGAAAAUGUUGUAUUGUGAAAAGUUUUGAACCAAUCAAUCAAUACUUUAUUAAUCCCAGAGGGAAAUUAGAGUUUCAGUACACACAAUUCAGAGAUCAGACAUACAUGGGAAAGACACAUAACAAGAAUUGGUGACUGUGGUCAUUCGCAACCCUGAGUCGCGCUACCUUAAUAGAGAUAAGAGGGUUACAUGAGGAUUGGUUAAGGUGGAGGGAAAAAAGGCACUUAAGAGUUACCCUCCACCGGGAGGGCAGCUUUGCUCUGCAAAAAACACCUCAAACAUAUAUGCAACAGACUUCAGACAACACAACAUAACAUGAGACUCCAAUAAGAAGGCCGGGGGGGGGUUCUGGGACCCUGUUUCCCCCAGCGAGAGCAGCCAUCUACGGCGCUCAUCUGCUGUUGGUUGGGUUUUCACAGCAUCUGUCUGCAUUCCUUCGUGGGGGUUUUAUUUGCUCACCGCUCAAGGCUACCAGGGCGUCAGAUUUAGAUAACAAGACUUUGUUUGGGUCAGGCUGUGAUAAUUUUCCUCUCUGCCUUCAGUCUUUAAACUGAUCAUUUCCAGUCCUUCAGUGAAGCCAAUUCUGGGUUUUUAAACCUGUCCAUACCGUCCGGUGACUCUCUCUGAGAUGACAUCCGGUUUGCGCACUUAUACCGGUUUCGCAGCUAGAACAAUGCCCAGCAUAUGAUUCACCUCGAGUAACGUCCCAGUCUGAGAAGUCUUCACACGGACGGUGCUUUCCGUGGGUGCGGGUCGCCCUCCAAUUGCUCCCGUCUUCCCAAAUUUCCAGAAAACCAGAUAUCCUCCCACUCCAAUCAGGAGAAAUUAGUGAUCAUCAGACCGAAUAUCCACACGUCUUCGACAUCCUCAAUGGACAGCUGGCUGAGGCAUAUGAUCUUCUAUUCCUUAUGGGAAUCCAAAAUAUACCCCACCGGGUGUGUCCCACUAAUUUCUUUAUUCUGAAGAACCCAAAAUCCCUGCAUCAGGUUUAGAGCUGACAUCUGUUUGUUGGUGUUAAAAUAUGACUUUUCUAAAUGUCAGCUUGCAUUAUUGUAUUUAUAGUUUAUUCAACUAAACAAAGUAGGAACAAACUGUUUUGUGAAAGACUUCAUUAAUUAGCUUUAUAAUUGUUUUUAAAAAUCUAAAAAUGAGUCAAAUCAGCAAAGUUAAAACAUUCAGGCAGCCUGAACUAUUGAUCAUAAUUACUAAAAACAAUCAAUACGUUUCUGAUUUUUGGAAGGAAAAUAUUGAAGAAAUGCACAGUAUUGUGGAUUUAGACUAGUUUUUAAGCUCUUAAGUAUUAAAUCUACCUGCAGUGUUUCUAUAAUGUAUGAUGGCUUAGGCAGAAACAGGACUCAUGUAGCAUCACAGUUUUACAUGUUUGUGUUUACACAGAAACAUGUAACUAGAUGAGUACAGAUUAUAUUUAAUCAGGGAUUUGUAUUAAUUGAAAAAACUUUAUUUUUUUAUUGUCAUCAAGUUUUAUCACCUUUAAAAUUGUAAGUGAACACUGGAAAACGUACCUUUUUUUCCGUACGUCUGACGGGUGUCUGAUCAGCAGCACGACGCAUACACGCUGUUUUAUAUGUUACUGAUCGUAUUUCUGCUUCAUUUAUUAAUAGAAGAUUAAAUAGAUUUUAUUCUUUGUAUAGAGCAGAUUACAUUCAAACCUUAUAUAUAUAUUUUUUUUAAACCUAGUUAUGAAACAUUCCCCCCAGCAUUUCACCAGAUUACCUUCAAGUAGCCCUAAACCCACCAAAGCUCUGAACAAAAGGAUUACACUCCAAACUGUUGAUACAUUCAGACUCUAAUAAUCUUACCUGAAACCAGCAGGCAAAUGUUUAAUAAAUAACAUCAUAAUGAAGAAUCACACAAAUGUGAGACAUUAGUCAGUCAACCAUAAAAGAAGUUGUAUUUUUUUCAUGUUCAGGAGCCUCAUUUAUCAAGCUUGCUUACGCACAAAACGGGGUCGGAAAACUGCGUAAGCAACUUUCCACGCAAACUUUGGGAUUUAUGAAAGAAAGCUUAGUGGAAAAAUGUGCGCAACUUUAAGUUGACUAAGGACCUGUCUUACGCACAUUUUGGACAUGGAGAGCACCUGCAGUGCUGCUGCUGAGAAGGAUACAAUUAUGAAGUCCUGCAGCAUUAUCACUUGUACUCUUCGUUUUCACACAGAACAAGACCCCCCCCCCCACACGCACACACACA